AUGGAAAUAUCUGAAAAUAUCGUUGUAAAUACUCCUAUUGGAAACACACCAAGUAAAAGUCCGUGGGGUACAAGCCCAGCUGUAACUCCAUGUUCCCUUGCUACUGUUAUGGACGAAGAAGUGGCGAAAGAACUUCAAGCUAAGGAAGAUUAUUUGUCCGGGUAUCAUCUUCAGGCGAACUCAGUGCCAUCUGGACUCGCAUUUGAAGUAUUAAAGGUCCUCCUGCAAUGGAAUAAACAUUGUUCUUCUUGUUACCAGUAUCAGUCAAGGCCAUCCAGUACAGCGUCAUCCGCUGGCCAGUCUCAAAGGCGCAGUUCUACCCCCCAUCCUCCAGCACCUACCGCUCAGAGGUCCGGAAGCGCUGGAAGGACCAAUGGAGCGAGGAACCAAGUGACAAGGUCCAUCGGUACACAGACAAGUCUUGAGAGGGCAGCUAGCGCAGGCGCAGUAAGGGAGAAACCACCCGCUUCAGAUAACAGAUCACGUGACAGGGCAGGCUCGUCUCUUAGCAACCACAGCGUAACCUACAGUUCACGCAGUACCUCUUGUCAGCCCACUCGCAUGUAUCACAGCGAAGGCAUCCGAAGUGCAGCGAAGCUAAACCGACCGCCGAGCAAGGUCUAUGUGUGCCAAGAAGAACGAGAUCGGGCCCAAUCGGCAGGCCUCCAGCGCGCAAAGUCUCCGUCGAGAUUCGACGGAACUCCUGUUGAACUGCCUGGGUUUAUGAAAUCUAACUACUUCCUUCAUCAUGAAGAUUUGAGCAUGGGACAGAAACAGUACAUCUGGGGGGUGGCACGGAUUUACUCCGUCACACAACUUAUGAGUUUGAAACAGAGACAGUACCAAAAUCUGCUGGAUUACGAGUUCAGCAGAAGAAUUCAGAAUAAGGAAUUGAAAGAGCACGAGAGAGUUAAAGAGUGGAAGGAUUACCAGCGCUACUCCAGGUUUAUAAAGAGAUAUGAACAGAGAAUUCCUCGGAACAAGUUGAACUCGGCACGGUCUCCAUGUGAAGAAGCUUCUCAUGUUCACAAACACAUGAUCAAAGGUUGGACAACAGAUCCGCACGCAAACGAGGCUUACCGACCCUCCAGUAGAACAAGCUACAGCGCCAAACAGCGGCAAGUACAUCCUGAGUACCACUCGGACAGUAGAGACGAUAAUGGAGAGCAGGAAUCCACUGACAAUGAAACCGAGGAAUACAGGCUCAGGUUGAUUAUUUUGCCGGGUGAGAAAGAGGAGAGUGGAACCGAGGGCGAUUAUGCGGCAGAAUCUGGGGAAAUCGAACAGGCAAAUUCAUCGUGCGUCGACGAAGAUGGCAAUCAGAAUGUACAAAAUGAAAACGAUGAUGUUAAAGAAUCUCUUGAGCAAACAGAGGACGAAAAAGCAGAAAAAGCAGCAUAUGAAGAUGACAACUACCUUUGACAAGGAACUGGAAGAGUAGAUUCUUCACAUAGUUUGUAUUGGUGGAGCCAACUGAAAUGACAAUCUAACAAGGAAAGUUACGUAAAUCAUCUGUACCUGUCAGUCGUUCAACAAAAUUGGAACUCAUUGAUACAUGCAGAUCUGAACUGAAAAGUAAGGUUUGACUUCCACUGUGGCUGCAUUGCAGGAAUCUGCGGGCAAUAAACGGCAGUCUUCUAGCUAUAUUAGACGUUUUAACUCUUUUUGAUUUCUUGUUUAGAGUCUAUCAUACAGUUUCUUAGUACACUUUGUCCGCGAUUAAGCAGGGGCGUUGCCAAGUCACAAGCUGACGAACUACUUGAUAACUUCAUGUAUGAUUCAUGAAAUGACUGAACCUUAACGUUCUCUCUUUAUCUCUUUGUUGUAAAGAAAUGUCUUUAAAGUCCUAAGAUAAAUUUAAGGCAAAUAUUUGAGAAGCAUACAAAACAUGAUCAGUUUUGGACGUUGACUUUGAACAAAGUUCUCAUAACUGUACUCAAGUUAAUUUUAUGGUAAGUCGUGAGGAGAAUUUAUGUUUUGAUUUUGAGACUGUAAGGGUUAGCGAGUACUUUUGAAAACUGAGUUUUGGGUGUGAUCCCAGAAGCAAGUGGGUUUUAGGUUUUUACUUAGUUAAAAGGUUACUACAGAAGUAUUAUUUUUGUUAAUAAAAUACCAGAGAGUGCAAUAUAUUAUAAAUCACCUGAUCGACAAUUCCUCAUCAAAAUUGUCAGGAAAAAACUGAGGGUAUUUACCACGAUUGGAAGUAAAUAGCACUCGUUGUUGACCAACGAUUAGGUGAAUAAUUACCGUAGUGUAUAGCAAACCAAUGGGAUGUUGAGGGUGGCGAGUAAAGAUUAUGCUCUCAAAUGCAGGGUUAAAAAUAUAUGUGGUCAUAUGUUCAUGGGUGACUUGACAGCGAGCGAGGAUUGGUUUUGUAUUUAUCAUUAAAAGAGUGAAAAUGCU